CGCAUUUUGGUUGAAGCGCCGAUAAGAUGCUAACGCCGCUGAGCAGCAACGGCCUCGAGUCCUGUGCGGCCUGCCUUAGCGUACUCAAUCCAAGCAAAUGCCUCUGCAUGCUUGAAUAAAGCACCCCGGAGUCCAGCUGUGUGAAGCGUCCGCUGCAAACAAUGUUGGCGCUCAACAGCUACGGCCUAGCGGCUGCAUCGCGUUCCGGCGUUGGAAGCAAUAACGCCGCUGACCGUGUGAUCCUCCCUCGCCUGUGCGGCGGCGGCCUGCCUGCUGUGCGCGAGAUCCGCUCGCUGACCAAGCUGGUCAUCUUGCCACGUCCCGAGCAUCCUUUAUAUCGCACCACAUCAGGCUAUGACUAUGGGCGCUACAUGGACUUCAAGGACGCAGCGCUCAGCUGUCCCAAACACGCUCGACCUGCAGGCUUUACAAAGGAAUUCAUUGCCGGUAACUACAUAGACAACAGUCUGUUAUCACUGGUGAAUAGCAAGCGACGCGCUGAGCUCUGGCAGCAGAAGAUGGAGGUGCGUACCUCUCGGAUGCGCGUCAAAUACGCCGAGCUGCAGCAAAUACUGGAGAAGAAGAAGAAACUGCGUCGCAUUGAGCGGGAGAAGCGGAGGCGCGAGAUGGAGAUCCUUCGAUUGGCGGUGGUGCAGCUCCAGGCUAGAAUGCGAGGAUACCUGACCCGAUGCACGCUUGCGCAGCAGAAGCUUCAACGGGAUACAGCGGCGGCUUUGUGCAUCCAGCAAGCGAGUCGAGCACGCGCACGUGUACGUGUUGCCAAGCAGAUAUUGGAGGCUAAACGACGCGAAAGACAGGAGGUGUUUGCGGUCAAGAUCCAGCGCAUAUGCCGCAACUUCAUCCUGCGUCGACAUGCUACGCGCCAGCUAAGAAAGUUGCGAGAGGCCAAGCGGCAGAAAGAUAUCGAGUUGGAGCUUGAAGCUCAACGCCAACGCACUGGUGCUGCGAAGCAUAUUCAACGUCUAGCGCGAGGCCACCUCGCUCGGAGAGACCUACAACGUCGGUCUUCGACUGCGUCAAGUGUGGUAUAUGACAAGGACGACAAGGACUCGCUGCUCGCUAUCACUGGACGCAUGCGCAGUCGUGGAGCCCGUCGCGUUAUUGCGCAGAUGCAGCAAGUACGGCGGAAGCACACCAAAGCUUCUGUCCGCAUCGCUAGUCCUCCAUCCAAAUGAUCGGUAAUAAACUACGAACACUUAUCAACUCAAAUUCUAUGCAGUAAAGCAUC